AUGCCGUCACGGUGGCGGUUCUUGCUUCCGUUCCUCCUCUCGGUGACAGUUACUUCCGCAAUGCAGGUUCCGACCACCUUUUCCACCAAGCUGGUUCACCGAUUCUCCGAAGAAAUGAAACCGGUUCGGGUUCAGACCGGCGACUGGCCGGACCGGCGGAGCAUGCAGUACUACCAGAGGCUUCUUAGAAACGACUUUGUCAGGCAUAAAGUUAACCUCGGUGCCGCUCGUCACCAGCUUCUGUUUCCUUCUCAUGGUAGCAAAACGAUGUCGUUUGGAAACGACUUGGCCUGGUUACAUUACACGUGGAUUGAUAUAGGGACCCCGAGUACUUCGUUUCUUGUAGCAUUGGAUGCUGGGAGCGAUCUUCUUUGGGUUCCUUGUGAUUGUAUACAGUGUGCUCCUUUGUCUGCCAGUUUCUAUUCCAGUUUGGAUAGAGAUCUGAAUGAGUAUAGUCCCUCUAGGUCGUUAUCCAGCAAGCAUAUAUCUUGCAGCCAUCGGUUAUGUGAUAUGGGUUCAAAUUGUAAAACUUCCAAGCAGCAGUGUCCGUAUACUAUCAAUUACACAUCAGAAAAUACAUCAAGUUCUGGGUUGUUAGUUGAGGACAUAUUGCAUCUUCAAUCCGGCGACGGCGGUGGCAGCUCAUCUAACUCUUCUGUUCAGGCUUCAGUUGUUGUCGGGUGUGGUAUGAAGCAAAGUGGCGAGUAUUUGAAUGGUGAUGCUCCAGAUGGUGUCAUUGGUUUGGGACCUGGGCAGGGUUCAGUUCCGAGUUUUCUUGCUAAAUCAGGACUAAUCCGUGAUUCUUUUUCGUUGUGCUUUAAUGAAGAUGAUUCCGGUAGAUUAUUUUUUGGUGAUCAGGGAUCAACUGUGCAACAGUCUACUCCAUUCUUGCCCUUGGAUGGAAUAUUUUCAACCUACAUUGUCGGAGUGGAGGCCACUUGUAUUGGAAAUUCUUGUCCUAAAGUAACAAGUUUUAAUGCUCAGUUUGAUAGUGGAACGUCAUUUACGUUUCUUCCGGGUCAUGCAUAUGAAGCAAUAGCUAAGGAGUUUGACAAACAAGUAAAUGCUACAAGAUCAACCUUUCAAGGAUCUUUUUGGGAGUAUUGUUAUGUACCCAGUUCGCAACAGCUGCCUAAGGUUCCCACAUUGACACUCAUGUUCCAACAGAAUAACAGUUUUGUGGUCUAUAAUCCCGUGUUUGUAUAUUACAACGAACAGGGAAUUGAUGGAUUUUGUUUAGCAAUACAGCCAACCGAAGGGGAUAUGGGAACUAUUGGACAAAAUUUCAUGACGGGAUACCGGUUGGUAUUUGAUAGGGAAAACAAGAAGCUAGCGUGGUCACGUUCAAAUUGUCAGGAUCUCAGUCUUGGUAAGAAGAUGCCCCUCUCCCCUCCAAACAAGACAUCGUCAAACCCGCUGCCCGCAGAUGAGCAGCAAAGAAUCAAAGGGCAUGCAGUGGCUCCAGCUGUUGCUGGAAAGGCUCCUCAAAAUUCUUCAGUUGUUUCAUCUCAGACAUCUCAAAUGAUUUCAUACUGGCAACAUUGGCACUGCUAUUGUUUGCUUCUAUUUCAACUUCUAUCGGUCUUUUACUGA